UUCGAUAAGCAGGCCAUGGAAGUGGAAUCGAGAGCCCCUGCAUGUGUCAACCUUCAACAUAUUCAGUUUUCUUCCGACUUUCGAGCUAAAUUGUUUCGUUUCCCUUCCUAGUUAAUUUUCUUUUCUAUUUUUUUUUGUAAACGUGGCAAUGGCGGUCCGGAUCUUCAGUGUCCUGCGGUUGGCCAAACUCGUCCCAAACCGAUUUGGCUGUCUCCAUCGUUCGCUGAAUCCUGUGAAUCCUGCGAUUCCUGUUUGUGGCAUGAGCAGCAAGAAGGGUAAAAAAGAUGGCUGCGAAAAAGCAAGAAAAUCCUGCGGUAGCAACCAGUUUUUUGGUGGCUGCUUUAAAAAGGAAGAGCCGUACAGGAGAGAGAAUAAGAAGGAGAAGGGCAAGCGCUGCCGGGAUCCUUGCAAGGAUGGUCCUUGCCGACCCGGAAAAUAGAAAAUCCUAAACACCACUUAAGCUCCAGUCCGAUUUUUGGAUAUCAGUGCCAUACCACCAAUGCCAUAGUUUCCAUAGUUCAUAGAUCACAUUCGAAUGUUCAAUAAUACGCAAAAUCAAAUUCCGUGCUCAAUACCAAAAAAAAUAAUACGCCAAGCUUCAAAAACAAA